AGCACCUGAAAUCAACUAUUACAGCAAUUGCGCGCGACGAGCGCGACGAGGCUGUUGCGCUGCUUCAGGAAGGGCGCGUUGCAGUCCUUGCUUUCCACAAUCGAGCUGGCAAACUCCUCGUAAACUCGGCCUCAUCCUUUAAAGCCUCCGGCGUGUCACCCCUAUUGACCAUGGACGCGUCGUCGCGAAAAGCUGCGCACCCGGCCCCGGCGCCCGCGAACGCACCGUCUCGCGAAGCGGCGGCGCCGGCGUCGCCGCGCACGACCUCCGCGGCGCCGGCGCCGGCGGCGCCGGCGGCCGCGGCCGCGGCGCCGGCGCCGACGACCAGCCUUCGGGUCGGCGCACGUUUCCCAGCGUCCUCAAUGCGCACUCGCCCGGCAUGAAACCGCCGCGAAACUCCAGGCUAUUCGUGUGUCGCGCCUACACGGGGCGGGCCGCGCCAUCGGUUCCUGGAAACGAUAAACCGACAGGACUCGAUCACGCAGGCCUGGACGCCGGAGGAGCUCGCCUACGCCGCGCGCGUCUCGGACUGUGUGGAAACAACCAGUGCGUCGGGUGCACCCGACAAUUCUUCACUAAGUCAUUUCUCGGCGAUGACGCGGCCGUCCUGGCUCGGUCCGGCGGUGAGGAACCGGCAUCGCCACGCCAUCGAGCAGGCGUCGCGUCGAUGGCGUGGAGGACGACGCGGCGAUUCAGGACGAACGCACUGUAAAAUUUUGAUUCCCACGCAGGUCUCGGACUUGUACGGGCGGGGCGUCCUCCCGAACUGCCCGGUGCCAACGCAGUGUAUCAAUUUCUGAACGUUUCCGACCUUGAACUAACACAUGCCACGCAGGAGGGCAUCACGCUCCGCGUUUUAUUAUCGCGGCUCCUGAACUGCCAGCCGAUGCGUGUCAGCAAGAAGUACAGCGGUGAGGCCUGGGCCACGCACGGCAAGCGGCCCUACACGCCGGCGCGCUACGAGGCCGUGCCGUCGCAACCGGACGCGGCGGAGCUCGGGCGCCUCGAGGGCGCCUUCCACCGCUCGCUGCGGCCGGGCGCGCAGCUGACGACGAGUCUGCUGGGGACGUCGGGCCUCCCGACGCCCGUGGGCGCCUGUGUGGAAAUCAACCAGUGAGUUAGGUCAUCGAGCAGACACAGCUACGGAGACACCAUCGCGUCGAGGGCGUGCGGCGCCUGAAAUUUGAUUUCCACACAGGUGGGCGCGCGUCAGUGGCUGCACAGCGACACGAGC